GCUGCUUUUCUGUGUAUAGUCGACAUCUUGAUUUUCGGCACAAUUGCAAAAAUUUGUAAGUAACUGUGCAAACAAUUCGGGGCGUACGCAAAAGGCGUUGCUGUUGUUAUCAUUCAGUUGCUUGCCUAAAAGAUAAGCUACAGCGCAAUGAGUGCACAACCUAGCCCCUGCAUUAACCCUCAGCAGCAGCAGCAAACUGAGCAAGAGAAGGUUUAUCAAUGGAUCAAUGAACUGGCAAAUCCGGACACCCGUGAAACCGCAUUGCUCGAGCUGAGCAAGAAGCGCGAAACCGAUUUGGCGCCCAUGCUGUGGAACAGCUUUGGAACCGCAUGUGCUUUGCUUCAGGAGAUUGUCAGCAUAUAUCCGUCGAUUAUGCCUCCUACCUUGACGGCUCAUCAAUCGAAUCGCGUAUGCAAUGCAUUGGCGCUGUUGCAGUGCGUAGCUUCACAUCCGGAAACGCGCACAGCCUUUUUACAAGCUCAAAUACCGUUAUACUUAUACCCAUUUCUAUCAACUACCUCAAAGGCACGCUCCUUUGAAUACUUACGCCUGACCAGCUUGGGUGUGAUUGGCGCUUUGGUUAAAACUGAUGAGCAGGAGGUGAUCACUUUCUUACUUACUACUGAAAUUGUGCCAUUGUGCCUGAGCAUCAUGGACAGUGGCUCCGAUUUAAGCAAGACUGUAGCUACAUUUAUCAUACAAAAGAUAUUGCUCGAUGAAUCCGGACUAUCGUACAUUUGUCAAACUUAUGAACGCUUCUCACAUGUUGCCAUUACUUUGGGGAAAAUGGUUAUUCAUUUGGCUAAGGAACCAGAUGCUCGCCUACUAAAGCAUGUGGUGCGUUGCUAUCUGCGCCUUUCCGAUAAUACACGUGCUCGCAAAGCUCUUGGUCAGUGCUUGCCGGAUCAGUUGCGUGAUGGCACCUUUUCUUUGUGCCUUCAGGAUGACAAAUCUACGAAGUUAUGGUUGCAGAUGCUCAUAAAGAAUUUAGAUAUCGGCGCUACUCAACAACAGGCCGAUCCACGCCAGAUUGGCAUGUCCCCAUUAGGCUCGUAAGCGCGCCCAUAAAGUCGCCCCCGUUAAUAUACUCCCAACACAGUUCUCUCUUGAACCAAUCGCUCGCUCUAUUGCUAAAAAUGCACAGAACAAACAAAACACACACAACAUUACUAACAACAAACAAACUGAUUAUUUAAAUAGGAACGUGCAUACCAUAAAUAGAGCUUUACUUAAUAUGUAAGGCCGCAUUGCCGAACACGCAAUUAUCAUUAUGAAUAAGUGCUAUACUACACUUCUAUACAUAUAAAAUAACAUGUGAAUAACACUAGUAUUAAGAUUUGUUGAAUUGUUCGUAUGCCAAAGCUAAAACACCACACAUGUGUGUAAUCUUGAUGCUGCCUUCACGAUUUUGGAUGCGAAACUUGAAUUACACUGUACGAAAAUCGAGAAACUAA